AUGGAUUAAAGUUUCUACCAACCUUACUAAUUGAAAAAAUAUACUAUAGUAUAAUAUUAUUUUAUAGAGGAAUUAUCUACUUUUAUCAGAUUCACUAGAUUACUAAUAUGAUUGUUUAGAAUUAGAGAAUGAUUAAUGGUCGAGUAUUUCUAUUUUGAAAGGUUAUCCAUAGUAUAUCAAAAUUCGAAUUUAAGAAUAUUUUCCUUUGAAAAUAUUUUUCAAUGUGGGAGCUUUUAAAUGCAAUAUUUAUUUUUCAUUCCUGACAUCUUAACCAUCUGAAACGAAUCAUCAAAAACAUGUUGUUAUAAAAUAACAAAAAAUUAUUGUAAUUAAAAAACCAGAAGAACACAAGCAAUUUUUAUUUAUCUAAAUUUUAUGUGAUUUUAGUACCUAAGUCAAACUUAAAGCAUGGUUUUAAUGUAUUAAAUUUAACUUUUAAAUUAAAUAGAAUCCUAAUAUGAUAGAUGCUAUUUUCUUUGUUAUGAUGGAUAAGAUUAGAACAGAAAGAAGACUAGCUCUUAGAUUAACAAUAAAUCAGAUGAUGAAUCCUUUUUUACAGAUAAAAAUAAUACUACUACAAUAAAUAUCAAAAGUGUUGCUGAAUCAAUUAUUCCUCCUAUCAAAUCUAGUAGUGAUAAUCGCAGAUUCAGCAAUGUAAAAUAAAGAAGCGGAUCAAUACCAUUAAAAAAUAAAAUUUUAUAAGUGUAACAGAAAAAACUUUAAUUAUAUUCAUUAAAUGUAAUUCAAAGAUACUAAAAAAUGUUAGUAUCAUCAUAUAAACAAUUAAAUUAAUCCAGAAUGAUGAAAAAAUACAUCAAUCAAUGGAUAAUAACUCUAAAUUUUCUUAGAUAUGUUGAAACACUUUAUGCUCAUUUUAAAAUCAAUAAAAUAUUAAGAUGUAUGUCAAAUUCUCCAAAAUUAUAUGCAUAAAGAUGGAAAUUAGUUAAUGAAAAAGCUCAAACGUUAAAAAUUAGAAUCUUAACAUAAGCUAAUUUAACUCUAUCUUUAUAUUCAAAAUAAUUAAAUGGAAAAGUAUUUAGAUAAGUUUCAUAACUUAUAUAAAUAACUUUGAUAGACACACAUUUUAUUAAAAAACAAGCUUAAUUAUACUAAUCAUUUAUGAGUUUCUACUUGAAAGUAAAAAAGAUUUAAGAGUUUUAUUUUAAAGAAAGAAAUAAGUUCUAUCUUUAAAUGGAAUAAAUGAUUCAAAAUAUCCGAUAACAAAAUCCAACUAUACUUAUUUCAAAAUAAAGAAUGAAAAUUAUUUAAUUCGAAUUUUAUUAAUAGUUGUGUGCUAAACACAAAUAGUAAUAUAAAAGAUUUGUGGAGUCCUAAAUAUCUAAUACUACUUUAUUAACAUCAUUAUUUGCUAUUUUAUCAAAACCAAAAUUGAAUAUAAUGAAGAAUUAAGAAUUAUUGUUCUAAAUUAUAGAAUAAACCAAAUGA